CUGUUGUCUCGCGAUAUUUCAUGGUUAUUGCGCACUCAAAGGCGUCUCUCCAACAAUCAACUUUAUCCAGUCGUCUUUUACAAGACACGCAAAAUGGCGUCGGCUCCCGAUUACAGCUCCUACAACCAGUCCAGUUCUCAACCGGGGUAUGCUUCCUAUGCUGCCCCGGCCUCACAAGCUUAUGGACAAUCUGCCCAGCAGCAGACAUAUGGCCAGCAAAGUUACGGAUCGUAUGCCCAGCCUGCUGCCGCCGCUGCUGACAACACAUACACUCAAGCAACUCCCGCUGCUGGAAGUUACACUCAACAGCAGCCACCGCAGCAAUACAGCUCCUCUUAUGGCCAGGCAGCACAAGCUGGCUAUCCUGCUGCUCAGUCGACAGCUCAUGGUUACACCCAGUCAUCCCAGGCUUAUGGAGCACAGGCUUAUGAUGGUGCUCCUGCUGCUGCCGCCGCCGCCGCUGCUGCUGCUCCAGCUGCAUCCCAGUCUUAUGGGUCUCAGCCUGGUUAUACUGCUCAAUCUGCAUAUCCUGCAUAUGGUCAGCAGCCAGCUCCUGCUGCACCGCAGAGUUACAGUGCCAACAGUCAGCCUGCGAGUUACAACCAAAGCAGCUACUCCCAACAGGCAGGAUAUGGCCAGCAGCAGUCUGGCUACCAGGCUCAGCAGACCAGCUACAGCCAACCGCAGGGUGGGUACCAGCAACAGGCCCAACAGCAGGCCCCUCCUUCUUAUCCACCCCAGGCUGGAGGUUCUUAUGGGCAACCUCCAGCUAGCCAGUAUGGCCAGCAAGGUGGACCACCCAGCUAUCAGUCCAACCAUUACAAUAAUUACAGACAAGAUGGCCAGGGAGGGGGCUCUGGUUACUCAGACCCGUCACGGUACUCAGAGGGCAGGGGUCGUGACGGUUUUGACAGAGGAGGAAUGAUGCAUCGUGGCCGUGGCGGCAUGGGUCGUGGCAUGGGCAGCGCUGGAGACAGAGGUGGCUUCAGUAAGCCUGGUGGACACAUGGGUGGCGAAGAACGUGAGAUGGGACGACCUGAAGAGCAAGACGAAUCGGAGAACUGUGCUAUCUACAUCACUGGCUUGACAGAGAAGGCCAACAUUGACGAGAUGGCUGAGUUCUUUAAACACGUCGGACCAAUUAGAUUCAAUCGCAGGCUCGGCCAGCUUGCCAUAAACAUCUACACUGAUAAGGAUUCAGGAAAGCCCAAAGGGGAUGCCACCCUCUCCUAUGAGGAGCCUGUCUGCGCUAAAGCUGCUGUGGAGCACUUUGAUGGUAAGGAGUUUCAGGGCCGCAGACUCAAGGUGUCAAUGGCACGCCGUAAAACGCAGAUUCCCAUGCGCGAUGGCAUGAUGGGCCGUGGGGGUAUGAUGGGCCGCGGAGGCGAGCGCGGUGGGUUCAUGCCCCGAGGUGGCCCACGUGGCAUGGGCCGAGGCGGGCCCACAGGAGGCAACAUGCAACAAAGGGCCGGAGACUGGGAGUGUCCUAAUCCUGGUUGUGGCAACCAAAAUUUUGCCUGGAGAAUGGAGUGCAACCAAUGCAAAGCACCCAAACCAGAAGGCAUGGGCGGUGGGCCCCCAUUUUCUCCUGGGGGUGAAAGAGGCAGAGGUGGCAUGGGAAUGGGAAUGCGAGGAGGCAGAGGCAUGGACCGCGGCGGUCCCUCGGGUGGUCCUGGAGGUUUCCGAGGAGGCUGGGGAGGCGAUCGCGGUGGCUUCAGGGGAGGCGAUCGUGGUGGAUUCAGGGGCCGUGGCGGCAUGGACAGAGGUGGUUUCCGUGGUUCCGGCCGUGGUGGACCGCCCAUGGGUGGCAGAGGAAGGGGAAUGGGCCCACCAGGUGGCAAGAUGGAUAUGAGGGACCAUCGCCAGGAGCGCAGAGAAAGACCAUAUUGAAGUCAUUCUUAAACCUUCCUUGUAUGGCAUUUUUUUUUUCUUUUAACAUCAGAAUUUUUAAUUUUGUGGUUCCAUUUUGUCACUUAAAAUAAUGACUCUCGUAUAUAUUUGAACGCAAAAAUUUGGCAUGCAUCCUCAAACAGAUCAUUCGUUUCUAGCCCUGAAAUAAAAUUCCUAAAUAUGUCAAGAUUUAGUUACAUUAGUUUGUUUUGGGGCCUGGGGGGGUGAACGAUAGACCAUUAUUUUCAGGUGACAAUAUGUUGAUAGGUUAUCUAACUGCCGUCAAACAUCCUCUGCAGUUUACAUUUCCAUUUUUACUUUAUUCUAGCUUGUUUAUAUGCUACCUUGUCACAUGCCUGUCUUUUUUUAUGCAGGAAAGUUUUGUCAUUGUAUCAACACGGUAUAUUUGUUGUGAAUUUGCCUGCACCCUUUUCCUUCAAAUUGUUGUGCGGAAUAAACCUUUUAUGGAUAA